AUGGCGGGUUACAGUACGCUGCGUAGCCGAGAAGUACGGCUGCUUCGCAUAUUAUCUCAUGCCCGUAUUCACGACAACGAUGAGAGCUUGCCUUCAUCGACUGCUGCGUUUACCGGGCAGCCACUAUGUUUAUCCUUCCAUGUGGUGAGCUUGGAUCAGACGCAGAUACCGAACUUUGUGGCUCUGUCAUACGCCUGGGGCAACGUUGAGAAAACAGUUGACGUACAAGUCUCUGGUCACCCCGUCCGUCUAACUCGCAAUCUAUACGACAUACUCCAGUGCCUCUCUCUCGACGAAUCGCCCGACUUCUUUUGGAUCGAUGCCCUGUGCAUAAACCAAGACGAUAUUGAUGAGAGGUCUGCGCAGGUGCUCUUGAUGCGUGAGGUAUAUUCCUUGGCAACGUCCGUCCGAGUAUUCUUGUCCCUUGAAUCCGAGCCGCUCAAUUUUGGCAUGACGUUCCUGGAGCAGGUGGCGUUAAACCCCGCGAUGCACUUCAACCCAGAUCUCUCCCCAUGUAUUACAGUCGAGGGCCUGACUGUCGCUUCUGAAGAAUUACGUGAAUCCUUUAUCGCUUUCUUCGCCGCUCCUUGGUGGACACGCAUCUGGCCAGUGCAAGAGUAUGUGCUUGCCAAGGAGGUUGUGUUUCAAUGCGGAAAGCGCCGCUUGGAGGGUAGCACGAUUCAAGCUUCUUUCAAAAGUCUGGUGCAUCACGAGAGAACGUGUUGCUGGGCUGCUCGGCGAGCAGUCGAUGGGAAUGCCAGGGGGUACUUGGAUAUUCCAAGCAAAACACACGGCUCAUUGACAAUAUAUCACGCCACCUUACGCCUCGAUAAUCUCCAGAAUAUGCUGAACCCGGAAGACUACUCAAUCUAUAACCUCUUGGAUGCCAUGGCACUAUUCCGAACUCGGGAUUGUUCGGAUCCUCGCGAUCGAAUAUACGGUAUGCUUGGACUAAAAUUCAAUGACGAAACCCUAAGAAAGAACAUCGAAGUCGACUAUAAAAUCCCUGACGCUCAGCUAUACGAGUCUAUCGCGUUGAAGAUGAUUGACAACUCCGAGUCCCUCAACGUCCUCAGUCAUGUGCUGAGAGGUUCUUUUAUCAAACAACGAAUGCAUGCUCUGCCAAGCUGGGUGCCUGACUGGACUGCAAAAAUAGACGCAACUUCCCACUUGAUGCAUGGGGAGCGGAUGAAGUUCUUAGGCCAGUUCCAAGCCUCAGGCCCGACGAGGCCCUCCUGGAGAGCCAUAGCCCCAGGCAAGAUUCGCACGCAGGCUUUGAUGAUUUCUAAGAUUUCCGAAAUAGCGCCCGGCUACCCGCGAGAUGAGAGUUCCCUUCCUGGGAGACUGGUCUUGGAAGAAUGGCGUCGACUUGCUUGCUUGCCCAAAAAUGGUGUCGAACAUUCUUCAAAUAGCAACGAAGAAUUAUCCCAGAGAGAGAAGGAUUUCCGUCUCUUUCUUUCUGGCUACUUGGCCCCUCAUUCCUGGUCUCAUGAUGGACUGGAAAGAGCCUAUGACACAUGGGUUAGUUGGUUCACGAACGAUAAGCCGGCAUCGCUUGCCUUGGAAACGAGGAAUGACGCGAGAGAAUUUGAUAAUUUCGUUCGCUUUACAAGCUCUGGAAGACGCUACUUUGUGGCGGAGAAUGGAUUUAUUGGGUUUGGCCCCGAACCAAUGGAAGCUGGAGACACUCUAGUUGUGAUUCCCGGUGGACGAGUGCCCUACGUCCUGCGGAAUGUGAGCCACGGGGCGGAUGGCCAAGAGUCCAUGAUAUUCACGUUUGUUGGUGAUGCCAGCGUCCAAAAUAUGAUGUUUGGGGAAAUUAUGACGUCGGAAGCGCCUAAGGAAGCCCUUGAUUUACAGGACGUCAUUCUUCUCUAA